UCCGAGCUCUGAGUCUCUCCUCAACUCAGAAACGCGUCGGCCCGCCAACCGUUCGCAUCUGAUCCGAGCUCCGGAGUUCGCGCUCAUCCGCUGCGAAACACGCGUCGAUCGUGUUCAUAAGUGUGCAGUGUUGUGACCAGUGUGUCCAUAUUGUGCUACAAGUGUGCUGUGUUGUGUGUUUUUCUGUGCUAAAGAAAUUACAAAACUAUGCCACUUAUUUUGCUACAAAAACCAAUAAGAACGAAAAAUCAUUGAGAUAAAUCAUCAGUGCAAACAGUGAAUCAACUAUUUCAACAGUGAUUUACUACUUUCUGAGUGUGAACCGUGGAAAACUAUUCCCAUCCAGUGAAACUAUCCGUAGCCUGCUGGACUGUACCUGACUGAAUCGUAUUCCUGACAGUAGGCUACUGUGUACUCCACUGGUGGGCUUGUAACAAGCAAUAGUUCCCCUUCAACUUGAAUCUUCUACUCCAAUUCCAUGAACAAGAACAAAGUUCAACCCUCAAACUUCACGGGUUCUACUCCACUUCCUCGUAAAAUUGCAACGAUGCCAUUGAAAACAACGGCUACCCAAAAACUGAAACAAGUGAUAGUAAAAUGUUGUUGGAAACAGUUGUGAUAAAAUUCUAAUAAUUUUUGUCUCAAUUUUCUUAGUUUGCAACUUUGAAGAAUCAAAAUUGAAUCUAGUGACUAACAAUGCUGUUAGGACCAGUGUUACUAGCGGUGUGACAACUUCGCCAGUUCUUUUCAAUUUUCUACCCUUUUGAGAAAUCGAAAUUGAAUUCAGUGACAUGUUGUUAGAACCAGUCUUACCACCGCUGUGAAAAAUUCCCCACUUUGUUCUUCCAGUUUGCAACUUUGAAAAAUCGAAAUUGAAUUCAGUGACAUACAAUGUUGUUAGGACCAGUGCUGUGACAAAUUCUCCACUUUUGUUGUGUGGCCGAGUGAAUUGUGAUCGAGUAGUUGUGACCAAGGAAGGAAGGAAGGAGGGGGGAAUCGAUUCAACAGCGAUGCGGUAAGAGCAUGCCGCGCUGGCGAGCUGCCGAUAGAUUCGCACUGUUGCAGCUACAAGCGGUGGCACUGCUGGCAGUUGCCGCAGUCGUUGCAGUGGCCGCAGUUGCGGCGCCGCAGCCGCAGUCGCAUCCGAUCGCGGACGAGCAGUCGGCGCGCAGUGAGCGCUCGGCCAAUCUGUCGCACAUCACUGGACCGGCGCGCAAAAUACGCAUGUACGUGCGACACGGCUGUCUGCAGCUGCAGCCCGACGGCGCAGUCUCCUCGUCACCUGAUCAUAUGUCGCCUUACACAAUCCUACAACGGUGGUCAGUGGGACCAGGCCAGCUGAAAAUACAGGGUGUGGCAUCAUGCAUGCAUCUCUGUCUAGACCCUUGUGGACUCCUCUAUGGAUCGAGGGACAUGAACGACGAAUGCGUGUUCAACGAGAUGAUGGAACAGCACCACUACAACACCUACUCGUCAGCCAAGUACUCCAACACAAACCGCACCGUCUACCUGGCCCUGGACAGAGCGGGCCUCCCGCGCAAGGUGCAGGUCAAAGCGGGGACACCACUAGGAAAGCUGUCCAAGUGGACGCGGGUGCUGACCCAAACAGUUGCCACCCCUCCUGCCACCACCACGUGUCCCACCCCGCCUCCACCCUCAGAAUCCCGGCGCUGUCGGAGAAAAAAGAAGAAGAAGAAGCGGAGGAAAUGUCCUCCCGCCCCCGGCAAACCACCGUGCGACGACGAAGUCUCCAACGAGGACAACCACAACGGCCGCCUCCUGCGGCGGAAGUGCGACGGAAAACCCUGCCGCCUCCUAGUGACCAGCAAGAAAGUCACCGCCUCCCGGCCCCAACGCAAAAAACAGCAACCCACCCGCCACCAACACCAAACCAGGCAUCUGCACCAUCUGAGGCACAUCCACCGCCCCCAGGCUGAUGAGCCGCCACAUGAUGACCCUUUCGACCUUGAGGAGGAGGACGAUGACGCGACAGCCGCCCCCGACGCAUUGGACGACGAAACUACUGCCACCGAUCUGCCCCUCAUGCUCCUAGUAGAUGCUAAUGACUAAUAUCAUAGAGAGAAUAUAUCAUGAGAAGAUAUCCCAUGUUAUGGGGCGUUUAUAUUGCAAAUUUCACUGUUAACUCAUUAAGCUGAUAAUCCACGUAGCUUUUUUUCUUUUCUUGUUUUGUGGAAAUAGAUUUUUUUUUCAUUAUUUAGCUUUUCUUCGUGGAACUAUGUGACGCUGGUAGUGUCUCAUAUCAUAGAGAUACAAAUACUACUUGUGGAAAUAAAUAUAUAAUUUUUUCAUUAGCUUUUUUUCGUGAAGCUAUGUGACGCUGGUAGUGUAUCAUACUAUAGAGAAACAAAUAGUACUCGAAAACGAAUAACCGAUUUAUUUUAUUAAUUUGUAUAAUUUUUAUGGCAAAUAAAUGAAUUUGAAUUUUUGAUAACCAUAAACGUAUAUUGUCUCUGCUGAUACUGAACCGUUCUUACAGCACUUUCACCCGGCCAAAACAGUAAAAGUCGACAAUAAUAGACUCGCGGUAACAAAAAAUUGCUUGAAAUAUGGAAUAUUAACGACCUAUAUCAUAGGAUAUCUCCUUAUGCUAUCUUUCCUCUAUGCUAAUAGUGUGUCUCAGUUAGACUCAAAUCGAUCAAAUUCCACAAAAAAGAAUACCUAAAUAAUUUACAAGUUAAUGUUUAAUGAAAAUUAAUUAUGCACGAUGGUUCGUGCCUUUUGCUGAAAAAAAUCAAGGAGUUUUUAUUGAUAGUAAUUAAUUAAUGACUUUUGGCAAUAUUUAAUCGAGUAUAUUACGAGUAAACACUGAUUUAAAAAAAAAAACAACAUAAACUGAAAACAAAAGAAAUUUUGGUCUAGACUAGGAUCCUAUUUUCUAUCUUCAUCAUUUCUAGGUUUGUUAAAUGAGUUAUCAAAUGAUGCGCAAUGAACAGUAUUUAACAAUGUUUCUAGGUGCAUUGGUAUUUUACAUUCAGGUGAACUGAAUUAAAUUAAUUCAGGAUUCAAUAUUUAGAGCUCAAUUCACUCCCCACCAAUGAAAGCCAUACAAUUAUCAUCAUAACUGAUCUUCAGUUGAAGUACAGUACCUAACUAGUUUUCAAUUCAUUAGAUGAUUGAACACUUUUUAUUCAGAGAUCUGUGCGUCUCAAGAAUAAAACUAUCCACAUUAUAUAAAUCAAGAUGGUGGAAGAAAUCUUCUAGUUGGAUUUCUAUGAUGUGAAUUUCUGUCACUUUAUAUAUUUACGAAUCUCAUGCAAAUACUCAAAGCAAUGAACAAACCCCAAAAAUGUUAAUUUUGAUAGUGAAAACUCAACAAUAUUGAUGGUGAAAUAGGGAAAUACGUAUUUCUUAUUGGAAAACUCAGUAAUAAAUUUUUAUUUUUGCAACUAAAACUGAAUUUUAUCGAUUUGAGCUAGCAAGGCACAUUAUAUGGACAUUAUCCUAGUUGCGUCAUCCAGAUAGUGCUUAAGUAGGACUUUAGUAGGUUAGAUAAUAAAUACAAUGAAAGGAAUAGUUUACGUGUCUGUGUUAUGAGAGUGUGUCAUGAAUGGAUGGAUGUAUACGGUCCAAUGUGAUAGGCCUACCUACACUAAUUCAGAGGGUAAAAAAUAAUACGACUAUAGUGAGGUUCACGUUAUAAUUGCAUUGGAGAAAGAUAGGAGGACAACGUUGCCGAACCUCUGUCUUGUCAAUGCCUUCUAUAAACGGUAGCAGAUAUUGAUGUAAUAUUAACUGUUCAUUUUCUCUGUUGCAUAUCCAUACUCUUUCACUAUUAAAAUUAAACUAGAAUUUUAAAAACACUUAUGGAGUGAAAAUGCACUAACAUUGGUAGUGACGAUCGUUUUACAUACACUGACAUAGCCACCAAUCUUGAAAUCCUCCACAUCUCACAAAAAAGCAAAGAAUUCAAUGUAUUGGAACAAUACGAAAUUUACAACCAAACAAAAUAGUUUCCCAACAGUCUCCUAAAUGAUCAAAUAAAUUUCUCUUCCCACACACUCUUUGACAAAACAGCCCACAGUUCAAAAUUACCGCCCUACUAAAGCAUCCACCAACCCCCACCACCACCUAUUCCUCCACCU